AUGUCUGUCUCUGAGAAGAAAUGUCUAAAACGCCUCAUGCGUGACCUGGAAGAACUCACCAAGUCUCCCGUGGACAAUGUUUCUGCUGCCCCUUUAGAGAACAACAUGCUGGAGUGGCACUGCAACAUUCGUCAGGACAAAAUCAUAUUUCAUCUCAUACUCUUCUUCUCACCUGACUACCCGAGCAAAUCUCCCAGUGCAGAGUUUGUGCCUAGAGGAUAUAGUUAUGGGGGUGGAGCAGUCAAACCUGGGAGAAAAGGGACACAGAUCUGUCUUAGCAUUUUCUCUGAUUUUGAGGUUGUGCAUACGGAAUGGGCUUCAGACAUAGGGCAUGGCUGGUCUCCUGGGUAUACUGUGCAAACCAUUCUCAUGAAUGUCGCAUCUUUCUUGGCAGAAAAUCAGACAACAUCAGACUGUCUUUAUGUAAAUAACUUAAAGAUAUCAAAGACUUUUACCUGUACUGAUUGUGGGCACUCGUAUGAAAUGCCAUUUCCUAGUCUCUCAGAUGUGGUGAAAGAUACAUGCGCUGAUAAAGUUACGAACAUUACAACAGCUGUGGCAACCCUUGUUGUUGAAAGACCAACAAUUGUGGAUUACUUUUCAAAAGUAAAAUUCAACGACGAAGGACCGCUGUCAGACGAUGAUAUUUUUGGAUAUGGCCUGAUAGUUUCAGGAUCACCUGGGCGGGCCAAACUGACCACUCCAUGUGAAUUUUUGACAAUCCAGUCCUUUAAUGAAAUGAAAAGAACAAUGGACAAAGCACGCAGUGUAUUAAAAGAGCCUCUGUCUUUCUUUCUGCCACUCUUCAUUCACCCAGUUCAUGGAGCAAUUAUCCAAGACGACUUUGAAAGUGUCAUGCAUGACUUAUCUAAUGGAGUUAUUGUAAGUGGAAUAGGUAACUUAUUAGUGGAGGAUAUGGUUCUGAGAACUUUACCAAACUUGAUGUGUGCAACCCUAGUGCAUUUAUUUAAAGAACUGAAGCAAGCAAAUGAAAACUUUUUGAAUGGAUACUUUGCUCUUCACAGAUUAUUUCUGUGGGCUAUUGAUACGUACCCAGGAAUACAAGACAAAGUUGAGAUGAGUAUCAAAGAUUUUGUUGAAAAUGAGAGCAGACGCACAAAAACUGCAUGUCCAGACAUUGGUCAGUGGUUGAUGUUGCUGGCCGUCUCCAAACGCUUUAGGUGGCACGAUGUGGCCGAGGCAUAUCUUAGCGAAUGCUGGAGACGCAAUGUAAUGUGGUUCAUUAAGGAUGAUCCGGUGCUCAAAGAUGACAGCAUAGACAAGGAAUAUAGACUGGAGAAUACAUUCAAACGAACGAGUGUCAGUCGAAAUCUUCUGGCCUUUCAAGUCAUAUUCCUGGACAUAGCCUGGCCAGAGAGCAUGUCAAGAGAUCAAAUUAUUCAAAGGUAUGAUGACAACUGGGGUUUCCCAACAAAAGACAUGGUUACUAGGAUGAAAACUGAGUGUCAUAAGAUCAGCAAUGAAAUACACACAUAUGCAGACUGGUACACAGUUGUGAACCUACCAGUUCCAUCCGAUGAUGAAAUCUUUGAGAGCUUGGUAGAUGCACUGCUGUUUGCGACUACUACUCAUGGCUAUCAUUUUCAGUAG